AUGUCGCAAGCUUUGGCUGCCAGUUUCAACAGCUGGGAAAAGGAGCGAGAGCUGUGUAACAUUCCCAAAGAAUCGGACCGAUCAACAGUGGAGAACGCGCCAUCAAACUACAUCGACUGCAUGCCCGAAUUCAGUGAGUUCUUCCAAAGUGCCCCAGCGCCGUACACACUGAAUGAUCCGAACAAAGUCUCGAUGAUGAGCACAGCAGCACCGACGAAUGUCAGCAACACUUCUCCUGCCAUAGCACCCAGUUUCAUUGACGGGAGUGGACCGAUUCAGUUGUGGCAGUUUCUACUGGAGCUUCUCACUGACAAGGAAUGCCAAAACUUUAUCUCCUGGACCGGUGACGGCUGGGAGUUCAAACUGACCGAUCCAGAUGAAGUGGCUCGCCGGUGGGGCAUCAGAAAAAACAAACCCAAGAUGAACUACGAAAAGCUAAGUCGUGGCCUUCGGUACUACUACGACAAGAACAUCAUUCACAAGACGGCUGGCAAGCGGUACGUCUACCGCUUCGUCUGCGACCUGGAGAGUCUUCUCGGCUAUUCGGCUUCACAACUGCACGCCAUGGUGGAUCUCAAGCCAGAGAAGAAGGAAGAUGAUUGA